UGCAAAUAUUAUCUGAUCAUUCUUUCUCUAGGCCGUAUCUUGACAGUAUACAAUGUUGAACUCGUUAAUACUUUUGUCUUCAGUUUUAAUUCAGAAUUAUGGUCAAGCAUUUGGGUUCUUAACAGGAAAUAUAGCCGAUGCAACAUGUACGGAUAAAAUGGCAAAUUGUAUUUCCUUUGAUCAAGGAGCUUGCCAGGACCCGUAUACAGCAUGGGCAAUGGAAAAUUGUCGACACUUUUGUGGAUUCUGCCCAGUCAAUAAACCACCAACUGCAGCAACUACAUCAACUGCAUCAACUACACCAUCUACAACAACAACAUCACAUGUGAUAGGCCCCAUAACUUCGGCACUACCUUGUGUCGACACCAGAACUGACUGUGACAUCUUCGGGAAAUCUGUGUGUACUAAUCAAAAGUAUAUUGCGUGGGCUAAUAAAAGCUGUCGUUUAUACUGUAGAUUAUGUCCAGCCAAUAUGUUACCACCUAUCACAACUAUAUCCCCGGCGUUAUGUGUAGAUAAACAUGACGAUUGUAAACAAUAUGGAAAAGCUUCAUGUCACGGGGCAUAUUAUAGUUGGGCAAAAGACAACUGUAGACAAUAUUGUGGAUUUUGUGUCGGACCAACAACUGUGGAACCCCUAUGCAGAAAUAAAAUACAAAGCUGUUACCGAUAUCCUGGAGAAAUAUGUACAAGUGAUAAAUACAAAGACUGGGCAGAGGAAAAUUGUAAUCAACAUUGUGGCUUCUGUUCUGGUGGGAGUACUGCUGGUACACCUUCAGGAACAACUGCAGCAAACUACCCUGGUAAAUAG